GGCCUGAAACCCUAGGGCACCAGGAAGGUUCUAAGCUGGAGCCACCUGUUGCAGUCAGGUCAAGAGCAGGACUAAGGCUUGGCCCUGAGGUUCCAUCCCCUGUCACUUGCUGCUCACCGAUCCCCACAAAGAUGGCUGGCCCAUUCACUGUCACCCUCCUCUGUGGUUUGCUGGCAGUUACGUUGGCUGGGGCCACCCUCAACCCCCCUGCAGUUCUUAGCCUCGGCCGAGAAAUCAUCAAAGAAAGGCUGACACAGGAGCUGAACGACCACGAUGCCAUCGCCAUCCUCCAGCAGCUGCCCCUGCUCAGUGCCAUACGGGAGAAGCCAGCUGGGGGCAUCCCUAUACUGGGCAAUGUGGUGAACUCUAUCCUCAAGCACAUCAUCUGGCUGAAAGUCACCUCAGCCAACAUCCUGCAGCUGCAGGUAGAACCCUCAGAUGAGGGUCAGGGGCUGACGGUCAAGAUCCCCCUGGACAUGGUGGCUGGACUCAACACACCCCUGGUCAAGACCAUCGUGGAGAUACACAUGGAAACGGAGGCACAAGCCAUCAUCCACCUGAACACCAGUGAGAGGGGCGAUGCCCACCUGGUCAUCGAUGACUGCUCCAACAGCCAGGGGAGCCUGCGGGUCAGCCUGCUGCAGAAGCUCUCCUUCCUGGUCAACCCCUUAGCCGACACCAUCAUGGGCCUCCUGAUGCCAGCCCUGCCCAAACUGGUAAAAACUCAGCUGUGCCCCGUGAUCAAGGCAGCCUUUGAGGACAUGCAAGCGGAUCUCCUGCAGCUGGUGAGGGCGCCUGUUUCCCUCGGCUCUGACCGGCUGCAGUUCGACUUUCUGUCUCCUGCCAUCAAGGGUAAUGUCAUCCAGCUCCAGCUGGGGGCCAAGUUGUUGGACUCCAAUGGAGACGUGACCAAGCAGUUCAAUAAGUCUGCAGUUUCCCUAACGGUGCCCUACCUGGACAGGACCCCCUUCAGCCUCACCGUGAGGCAGGAUGUGGUGAACGCUGCCGUAGCUGCCUUGCUCCCUCCAGAGGAACUCGUAGUCGUGUUGGACUAUGUGCUUCCUGAGCUGGCCCGCCGGUUGAAGUCCACCAUCCAGGUGAUCAGUGAACAGGCUGUGAAUCAGCUGGGGCCCACACAGAUGGUGAAGAUCCUAACUCAGGAGACCCCAGAGCUCCUUCUGGAGGAGGGCAGUGCCAAGGUGGCCCAACUGAUCGUGCUGGAAGUCUUCGCCACCAAUGAAGCCCCCCGCCCCUUCUUCACGCUGGGCAUCGAAGCCAGCUCAGAAGCCCAGUUUUACACCAAAGGGGACCGACUUAUGCUCAACUUUAAUGAAAUCAGCUCUGAUCGGAUCCACCUGAUGAACUCAGGCAUUGGACUGUUCAAUCCUGAACUUCUGAGAAACAGCACCACUGAGAUCCUCGUCUCUGUCCUACUGCCAAACGAGAACGGCAAAUUAAGAUCUGGGAUCCCGAUAUCGAUAGUGAAAGCCUGGGGAUUCGAGGAAGCUUCAUCCUUUCUUACCAAGGAUUCCCUUGUGAUCACUCCAGCCUCCUCUUAGACCCCCGGACUGCUCUCCUCUCUCCCACGAAGACUUGGAUGGUGGCCAUCCAGGGUAGGCCGGGUCCCAGAGGGAGUACGGAAGCCAGCUCUGUAGACUCUCUCUCUCUUCUGCAAUAAAUAAAUGCCUGUUUGUGACUCCCA